CAACUUAUUUACCAGACAAUAGAUAACAUACACAUACAUCAUUAAAAACUUAGGAAACAAUAAUGUAUACAUAAGAAACAAGUUAACUAUUUUAAUUAGAGGGUGUUCUAAUUAACCAUGGUAUUAGCACAUAUUGAUGUAGAAGUAACUAAUAGUUCUUAGUAAUCCAACUUGUGUUCUGAAAUUUGAAUGUUUUAUUAUUAACCAAGAACAAUCAUGAGGGAGGUUGUUUCAGUUGCAAUUUCUGCUACACUUGGGAAUUUGUUGUUUGGAUGGGAUAGUUCAACCAUUGCAGGUGGCAUGAGAUACAUCAAAGAAGAAUUCCACUUAGAAACUAAUCCAUCACUUGAGGGACUAAUUGUGUCUAUGUCAUUUCUAACUGGAACAUUUGCAACCAUAUUUGCCGGCACAAUUUCCGAUAUGUUUGGAAGGCGUCCGAUGUUAAUAUCAUCAUCACUCAUGUUUUUUUCAAGUGGUCUGGUUAUGUUAUGGGCUCCUAAUAUUCCUAUGAUUCUGCUUUCAAGGAUAUUGAAUGGAACUGGAAUUGCAUUAACCUUGACAUCAGCUCCUCUAUACAUAUCUGAGAUAGCACCACCUGAUAUAAGAGGAUUAUUGAAUACUCUUCCUCAACUUUCAUGUUCUUCUGGAAUGUUUUUGGCAUAUGUUUUGGUUUUCUCUUUUUCCUUGAUUGAUUCACCAAAUUGGAGAACCAUGCUUGGUAUUGUUUCCAUUCCUUCUGUUGUUUAUUUCUUUCUCGCCGUGUUUUACCUCCCCGAAUCUCCUCCUUGGCUUGUAAGUAAAGGUAGAAUUUCUGAGGCUAAAAAAGUUUUGCAAAGAAUUCGCUGCGUUGAAGAUGUUUCAGGAGAAUUGGCUUUGCUAGCUGAGGGUAUGAAUCCUGGAGGUGAAUCCACUACUAUAGAAGAAUACAUAGUUGCCCCAGCAAGUGAACUUAUUUCAAACAAAGAAGUAGGGAAGGAUUGUAUAAAACUUUAUGGACCAAAUCAAGGAGAAGUUUCGAUGAUUGCACAACAAGUAACAGGUAUGAUGUCACGAAGCAUGUUAUCGAUGUCGCGCCAGGGAAGCACGACAUCCCAUGCUGCUACUAAUAUUAAGGACAACAUUGUCAAUCUCUUUGGUAAUGUGCAAGAAAAUAACCCCCUAAUUGAUCAAAGUGGAGGAAUUUCAAGAGCAAGUCCCUUUGGUACAAGUGACAACUUGCAUGCUCCAUUACUUCAACAUCAAGGUAAUUCUAUAGAGAAAGAAACAGAAUUGGUUCAAGGUAAUGCUGGAGAUAUACCAAAUAACACAGACAUUGGCGGAGGUUGGAAAUUAGUAUAUCAAUCAAUUGAAGCAAUUACUAAAGACGGAGAAAAGAAAGAAGCACUUCAAAGGGUUUAUCUGCAUGCAAAUCCUAGUGCCUCAGUGUCAAAACAAGCUUCAUUUGCUUCAACUUCUGGUUAUGACUUGCAUGCAGAUCAUGGUGGUGGUGUUGGUGGUGAAUCUUUUCCGGCAUCUGCACUUGUUAGCCAUGCAGUUCUUACUACUAAGGAUAUGAAAAUUAAACCACAAGAUAUUCCAAAACGUACAAGUUGGGAAGGUUUGUUAGAUCCAGGUGUAAAGAGAGCUUUAGUUGUUGGAAUAGGACUUCAAGUUCUUCAACAGGCUUCUGGAAUAAAUGGAAUUAUAUUUUAUGCUCCUCAAAUUCUCGAUCGGGCAGGUGUUGGAGCACUUUUGUCAAAUUUUGGCCUUAGUGCAACAUCUUCGUCUUUACUUGUAAAUAUGAUAACAACAUUCUUCAUGCUUCCAUGUAUAGCUAUUUCCAUGAGGUUGAUGGAUUUAGCAGGAAGGAGGUCAAUAAUGCUAUACACAAUACCAAUUCUUAUACUAUCUCUCAUGAUACUAAUACUCAGAGACUUAUUUCAUCUAAGUUCAAUCCUCAAUGCAGCAAUAACAGCAAUAUGUGUAGUGACAUAUGAAAGUGUAUUCUGUAUGGGUUAUGGUGUAAUUCCAAACAUCAUAUGUGCAGAAAUAUUUCCAACAAGUGUUCGUGGAAUAUGUAUGUCUAUUUGUUCACUUACAUUUUGGAUAUCUAGCUUGAUCAUCACUUCUAUGUUUCCUUCCUUGCUUCAACUCCUCGGUCUUACCGGUGUGUUUAUAUUGUUUGUUGUUGGUUGCAUUGUUUCAUUGAUUUUUGUUUACUUAAAAGUUCCUGAAACUAAGGGUAUGCCUUUAGAAGUUAUCAUUGAGUUCUUUGCUGUUGGUUCAAAGCCGCAUGAAACUAUUGCUUGAUCUAGCUGCUAUGUUUGGGAGCAAAAAGUGAGUUUAUAGUUGUGUAAUUACCAUGUAUUGUAAGAAUUAUCAUCACAUGAAGAAGUGGAAGAAGAAAAAGAAGCAUCAUGAUUUAUUUGUUAUGGUAGAAGAGUUGAAAUAAUAUUGAUGUUGGAAUACAUGUAGGCAAGUUCUUACUUUAGUCCUUUGAAGAAAAACAGUAAAAAAAAGUAUGAAAUAAAAUGUAGUUGGACACAAUGUAAUUAGAUGCAUUUGCAGAUUUUUCUUACUUUUGUAGGAUAUGAUUUUUCUAAACAGUUAUUUCAUUGUAUCUAAUAUAAGCAUCAU